AUGCGUGUCAUCACCCUAUUAGCUGUUUGUAUCGCGGCUGUUGCCGCUAACCCACAAACCUUCCAGCCACCUGCGAGGAUCGUAGGCGGCUCAGUUACGACUAUUAAUCAAUGGCCUUCCCAAGCUAAUAUUAUGGUUCAAAGCGGAAAUGUCUUCAGUCAAUUCUGUGGUGGCACUAUCAUUAAUAAUAGAUCUGUUUUAAGCGCUGCACAUUGUGUUCUCACGCACCAGCACAAUUUCCCAGCUCAUUGGCUUCGUUUACGUCUUGGUUCAACUUGGGCCAGUAGCGGAGUUAUCGCCGGCUCUAACUACCACCUGCCUGACCAACAAGCAGUCUGGGUAACCGGCUGGGGUCUUACAUCUUUUAACGGAGUUGGUUCUGAGCAGCUCCGCCAGGUGCAAGUUUAUACCAUCAACCAACAAGUUUGUGCACAACGUUACGGAGAGAAAUACAACAUGCGUCUCAUCACUCUUUUGGCCUUUUGUAUCGCGGCUGUUGGCGCCACCCCAGAAACCUUUGAACCAUCUCAGAGGAUCGUAGGCGGCACAGUUACGACUAUUAACCAAUGGCCUUACCAAGCCAAUGUUUUGUCUGGAAGCGGCAAUAACUUCCGCCAAUGGUGUGGUGGCACCAUUAUUAACAACAGAUCCGUUUUAUCCGCUGCACAUUGUGUUCGCACGAGAAACCACAAUCUGUCAACUAAUCAGGCUGGGGUAGACAAUGGUAUCAAGGACCUUCCUCGGAACAGCUCCGUCAGACAGCAAGGUAUCGACAUGCAUCUCAUCACACUGUUGGCCGUUUGCGUUGCGGCUGUUGCCGCAUCCCCGGAAACCUUUGAACCAUCUCAGAGGAUCGUAGGUGGCACAAAACAUUUUAAGCGCUGCUCAUUGUGUUCGCACACCGACUAUGAAUCUGGGAGCUCAUCAGAUGCGUUUGCGUCUUGGUUCAACCUGGGCCAAUAG